GUCAGUCAAACAACUGACAGACAGUUUGAGUUUGAUGACGGAAAGAUAAAGGUUAUAAACAGAAUUUUAAAGAAUUUCCUGGUUGAGAUUUGUAUAUUGAUGGUAAUAAACGACAUCGUAUAAAAAGAGCGAAUUUAUUUUGCAUAGUGUUCAAAUAAAACAGUGAUAUAAGAUUUGGUGAACCUUCCUGAUACCUGAAAUAGCAACGUGUCCUAGGUUAGGUAGGCCGUUAACGAAACAUGUUAGUACAAUUCUUAGAAUAACAUGACUGAAAGGAAAAUGUGCAAGUUCUACAAUUUAAACGUGCCUGAACGACGGUCGGGGGAGAGCGGGCAGGGAGGUGGCGCCGUGCAAAACCACGGAAACAAUGAAGAUGAAGAUAGAAAUACAGAUGAAGCAGUACCACCUGCGGUGCCUCCACACGAGCACAAAUUGGAGUACAGCUAUUGGAUGUGGUUUUCGCGGCGACCGCCUGCCCGCGAGCUCUCUGCCUCAACCACUGGUUAUGGACAGGCAUUACGCUUGGUGGGUCGCGUGGCCAGCGUGGAGCAGUGGUGGGGGCUAUACACUCACCUGGCGCGGCCGUCGGAGCUGCCGCCGCUGUCGGACCUGCACCUCUUCAAGUUGGGCAUCAAGCCCAUGUGGGAGGACCCGGCCAACGUUAACGGAGGCAAAUGGGUGGUCCGACUACGCAAGAAUCAAACGGGGCGUGCGUGGGAAGACCUCUGCAUGGCGAUGCUGGGUGAGCAGUUCAUGGUCGGCGCCGAGCUCUGCGGGGUCGUGCUCUCUGUGCGCUUUCAGGAAGACCACCUAGCGGUGUGGCAUCGAACCGCGUCGGACACAGUAGCGGCAGGCCGCGUGCGCGACACUUUACGUCGCAUACUACAGCUGCCCAUAUCCGUGCCCAUCGAGUACAAGGCGCACGGGGACUGCUUGCGCGCGUCCGCGUCGCGGGCGCACGACCACGACAAUCACGACAACCACGCGCAUGCGCAAGCGCGCUCCACGUAGCGCAAGCCAUUAUCACCCCCCACCCAA